CGCUUCCGGUGAGCCGGAGACGUCUAAUGUUUUGGGUUGCAGCGCUGACCUGCACGCGAGGCAUCAGCUAGAACACCUGUAUUAUAUAUAAUAUAUAUUAUCUACUCUAACCCGCCGCAGUAAUCUACUCCCUUUAUAUUGUGUUUUUCAUCCUUUGGGGGGAUCGUGGUUCACAUCCGGCGCGAGCUACCGACUCAUUGUGCCGCUCAUGACAGAAAGCGGGGCUUCGAUGGGAGCUAACCGGACCGAACCGGACGGACCGGCGGUACCGACCGACCUGCUGGGCAGGCGGGUUUCCUGCGACGGCGAGCGGGCCUCGGUCCUGUACGUGGGCCCGGUGCCACCGACGGAAGGGCUGUGGCUCGGCGUCGAGUGGGACAACCCGCAGAGAGGCAAACACGACGGCGCCCACGGGGGGGUCCAGUACUUCACCUGCAGGCGCCCCGGUGGAGGCUCCAUGUCCGCCCGGUCCAAGGUGGCCCUGGGGGUGGACUUCCUGGCCGCUGUGGCUCGGGUGUACCAGAUCGACGCGGAGGAGGUGACGAGCAACGACAUCAGCUUCGGCCCCAAAAAGGUCAAGUGGGGCAAGAUCACGGAGCGCAGCUAUGAGAGCCUCCCCUCGGCGCUGCUGGGCAGCUGCGAGGUGAACGGGCCGGGGGCCGAUGGAGAGAUCAGGAAAACGACGCCAAACGUGCAGGUGCUGGACCUGUCCGCCUCCCUGCUGUCCCGCUGGGAGGACGUGUCGGCCAUCGCUCAGCAGCUGGAGCAUCUGGAGAGCCUCACCCUGAUGAACAACAGGCUGCGUCUGCCCGCCGACGUCUCCGCCCACCGCCGGUCGUUCCGCGGCCUGCGAGUGCUCGCCCUGAACGGCUGUGAGCUCACCUGGCCGCAGAUCCUGCAGUGCGCCCCCAUGUGGCCGCAGCUGGAGGAACUUUCGGUGCAAGACAACGACAUCACGGAGCUGCAGAGGCCUGAAGGAGUGCUGCAGUCCCUGAGGAGCCUCAACGUGUCCGGUAACCGUUUAGCGCAGCACACCGUGCCGGCUCUGGCAGCUCUGCUCAGACUGGAGUACCUGAACUUGUCCAAGACCGGACUGUCCGACAUUCGAUUUGAUGAUGCUGCUCCUGGGGGUCAAACAGACAUGUUCCCAGCGCUGACGAAGCUCAACCUGGAGCACAACAACAUCUCCGAGUGGUGUGUGGUGAAUGAACUGGCGAAGCUUCCCCGUCUGACUCACUUGUUGUGUCACUCUAACCAACUGGUGAGCAGUGACGGAAACCCCAAAACAGCCAAUCAGCUGCUCAUCGCCAAACUGGGAGGGCUGGUCUCCCUCAACAACUGUGAGAUCCACCACAAAGAGAGGAGGGGGGCGGAGAUCGACUACAUCAAGAUGUUUGGGGGGGAGUGGCUGGAGGCGGGCGGGGGGAGGCGGCCCAGCGCCCAGUUCGUCAGCCAGCACCCUCGCUACCUGAGCCUCAUCGCCAAGUACGGUGCUCCAGAGGAAGGAGAGCUGAAGAAGCCGGAGCCCUUUGCCCUGAAAAAUCAGCUGUUGAAGAUCACGUUUGUGUUUCCUGACGCCGCCGACCGGGAGCCGAUCGAGAAGAAACUUCUGGCCUCCAUGCUGGUCCAGAAGGUGAAGGGACUCCUGUACAGACUGCUGAAGGUUCCUGCUGCAGAUCUGAAGCUCACCUACACCAGCCCCAAGAAGUUGGGGACCGAGUUUGAGAUCGACAGUGACCUGAAGACUCUUCAGUUCUACUCCAUAGAGGACGGGGACCAGGUGUUGGUCCGCUGGUCCUGAUCCUGCAGGUGGGAGGGAGGGAGGGUUCUCACGGAACAGAACAGCGGAUCUGCACUGGCUUCCCCUCAGAGGACACCACGAGGGACAUCAGGAACAUCUCAUUCCGUUUCUCUGGUUCCUUCAUUCGGAACCGUCACAUGACGUCGAGCCUUCAAGGGUUCAAUAAACAAACGCUUCCUUUGUGUGUCGUUUGUGGGAUUGUUUCUUAACAGAGACUCCGGGUGCCGGAGAGCAGUGAUGAAUAACUUGUAGUGUCACUAAAGUCCUAAAUAAAGGCUUCUCGUGUGCA